AAGAGAUAGAGCUAAAGCUAGAAGUAGUUGGCGGCAGCUGAUCGGAGAUGGCUGAGAAUGUGGCUAUAGCAGCGGAGGAUGAAGAAAGCUUCUACGUUGGAAGUAGAGUUCAACCUGUCCCCUUAACGCCAAUGCCAGAUCAACGUAGAUUUGAGGAAGGGAAGCCCAAUCCUAGUAAACUCACUGAGAUGUUGGGCUUGGAGGAGUUCUUCUCCUUGGAUGUGUGGCGAGCAUCUUUGGCAGAGCUAAUUGGUACGGCAAUAUUUGUUUUUGCCCUUGACACCAUAGUCAUAUCCUCUUUUGAAACCAAAACUGAAUCACCAAAACUUAUAAUGUCACUACUUAUCGCUAUCACAACCGCAAUUCUCCUCCUUGCCGUCAAUCCGGUUUCCGGCGGCCACAUGAACCCUGCCAUCACCUUAGCGGCUGCGCUUGUCGGCCUCAUUUCCCUUUCGCGGGCCGUCAUAUAUAUUUUCGCACAAUGUGCUGGUGCUGUGGUGGGUGCACUAGCACUCAAAGCCGUGGUAAACAGUACCAUUGAAGAUAUAUUUUCCCUUGGAGGCUGCACUCUCACCGUCAUUGCACCGGGACCAAAAGGGCCGAUUUCCAUCGGACUUGGGACAAGCCAAGCCCUCUGGCUGGAGAUCAUAUGUACAUUUGUGCUUCUUUUUGCUUCAAUAUGGAUAGCUUUCGAUCAUCGUCAAGCAAGAGCUCUGGGCCGACUCAUCAUUUUCUCCAUCAUUGGAAUAGUAGUGGGCCUCCUUGUGUUUGUGUCAACGACUGUGACAGGAGCCAAGGGCUAUGCUGGGGUCGGAAUGAACCCGGCAAGGUGCUUGGGCCCGGCAAUUGUUAGAGGGGGCCACCUAUGGAAUGGGCAUUGGGUUUUUUGGGCCGGGCCGACAAUUGCUUCUGUGGCAUUUUAUCUCUACACUAAGAUAAUUCCACGUCAGCAUUUCCAUGCCCAUGGGUAUAAACAUGAUUUCCUGAACAUUUUGAAGGCUCCCUUUGCUUCAGACCCUGUUCACAAGAAGUGAAAAAUGGUAACUCUGUUGCCAUGCCAUGAUGUAAUAACUCAGCAUCAGCCUGUGAAUUGUGAUUGUGAUGUGUUUACGUUUUCUAAUGAAAAAUCAAUUACCCCAUAUAA